AUGUUCGAAAAGAUGAUGUACAUGUGGACGAAGUACGAUGGCAUACGACAGCUGCUCAUGCACGAGCCACGUGGCAGUGCUGCAAUGUGCAGUAAUAUCAUCCUUCCUCCGUGCAACAAGGAAGCGGAUGCUGGAUUUCUCACCAUGGAACACGAGGAGUAUCCACCAAUGUCAGGAGCAAAUACCAUUGCUGUUGCAACAGUGCUCUUGGAAACUGGAAUGCUCCCAAUGCAAGAACCGAUCACUAAAUUAGCGUUGGAUGCUGCGGCAGGACUGGUAACCGUAACGGCAGAAUGCGAAAAUGGGAAAUGCAAAAGUGUUGCAUUUGAUAACGUCCCAGCAUUCGUGUUCGCACUUGAUCUCGAGAUUCCCGUUUCAGGGCUAGGCGUCGUCAAGGUCGACAUUGCGUGGGGCGGUAUGAUUUAUGCCUUGGUUGACGCGUCCUCGGUAGGCCUGAAGGUGGAAAGUUCGCAGGGAAGAAAACUGGUUGAGAUUGGCGAGCGCAUCAAGAAGGCUGUUCAGCAACACACCAACCCAGUACAUCCUGACAAUCCCGAAAUCAGAGGUAACCUCUGGUGA